UUGAAAUUGUGCCGGUUGAAGCAGCCAUUUGUCGGAGCGCGUCGCCGCUGUGUCAGUCUCUUUUCUUUUUCCUCCUCUUUUGGAGAAACAUGUCGACAGAAGGAAGGAUGGACGAGAGUCCGUCAGACAGAAGCCCAGCGAACUCCAAACCCACAGGAUGUCCAUCGCUGAAAGGAAAAGAGAAGGAUGAGCAGGCCGCAGAGAAAGCAGCCACGUCCAGCUCCAGCAAACCAUUUGCAGGUCAUGCUUCUAAGUCUGUCCCUCCCUCCUCUCCGUCCUCGGUUUCCGGACGAGCGAAAAUGAGUGUGUGUGGGCCGGGCAGUAAAAACCCCGCCCCCUCCUCUUCCUCUCUUUCUUCACCCUCCUCCUCGUCCUCCUCCACUCCACCACCUAAAGUCCACCGUGCUCGCAAGACCAUGAACAGACCCCCACUCACUCAGGUGCGCUCUGUCGAAGCGUCUGCUGUAACUCCUGUGAAACCAGCCGCGAGCAGCUCUUCAGAAUCUGACACAGCAGUGAAGAAGCGGAAGGUGGAGACAGACUCAGACUCCACGGCGCCACCUGCAGAAAGUCCAGCCAAAGUUUCCGAGCCACAGCCAGAGCCCCCAGUUACUGUGACUCCUGUGAACGUAUCACCUGUGGCAGAGAAAGUGGAGCCUGUAGCCACCGCAACCAAGGAGCACCCCGGCAGUUGGCUGGAGGAUCUGGAUGAUGAAGCAGACGAGGAAGACUUCCACCUGAUGUACAACAGCUACGCGGGAGACGACGUCAUUUACUCUGACAGCAAGUCUGAUGAUGGAAUGAUGGAGGGACCACUGGAGGUACGAAUGGGAGGAGAUAUGAGUCACCUGUCUGAACAGAUUUCCCCGUCUGAGCAGCCCAGAGCAGGACUGAAGAAGAAGCAGCAGGACAAAGAGAAGGACACUGCAGCAGCGGCAGAGCCAGAUGCAGCCGCUGCUCCAGCAGGGGGCUCCACUGACUACACUGAAGUUCCUCUGGGGUCUCUGGACAUCUCUGCUGCAGACAGCCUCACUCUGUCCCCUCAGGCAGACGGCAGUGAUAGAGAGAUGGAGCGGAUGGAGGAGUUGCCGCUGUGUAGCUGUAGGAUGGAGGCUCCUCGUGUGGAGCGACUCACCGCGCACACGCAGCGCACCUGCAUGGCCAUCGAGAGCAUCAAUGGACAGCUGGUGGGCUGUACCAAUAAGAUCAUGAAGGGGGAGACGAUGCGUCCGUCCAGCCGUGUGUCUCUGAUGGUUCUGUGUGAAACUCAUCGCUCACACAUGGUCAAACACCACUGCUGCCCGGGCUGCGGAUACUUCUGCCUGUCUGGAACGUUUCUGGAGUGCUGUCCGGACGUUCGUAUUGCUCACCGGUUCCACCGUGGCUGUGUGUCGGUGUUGGGCAGUGGGCGGAGCCGUUGUGGAGCGGGCGGCGGUCUGCUGUUCUGCCCGCACUGUGGAGAGGAUGCCUCUGAGGCCCAGGAGGUCACCAUCCCCCCGGCAACACCGACACCAGGGGCAACUGUAGUCACAGCAACCGCUUCCUCAACAACAACCACACCCUCGCUCCUCCCGUCCACGCUCACCGUGGCAACCACAGCGCUUAGCAACGAGAAGAGGACUGGCGAGCCAAUCAGUGCGAGGAUGCAUUGGCGUGGUGAGGCAAGAAAGGGGGCGGAGCUUCAGUUACAGGCUCCCAGUGCUGCGGCUGGAGGGGGUGUGGUUGAGGAUGUGAUUGCCCAGGGUGACGGGGGUGUGGACAGUGUGGGCCCCUCCCUCGUUCUGCCCAAUGGGAAGCCAGUCUGCCCCAGUGCACUUCCUCCAGGAGACAGGAGGGCGGCGCUACAGAGAGCGAUUCUCACCCAGGAUACCGAGAGGAAGAAGAAACUGAGGUUCCAUCCACGCCAGCUUUACCCAGCAGCCAAACAGGGGGAGGUCCAGAAAGUUCUGCUCAUGCUCAUGGAAGGUAUAGAUCCAGCAUAUCAGCCUGAUUCUCAGAAUCGUCGUUCUGCUCUUCAUGCUGCAGCUCAGCGUGGCCUGCUGGACGUCUGCUACCUCCUUAUACAGGCAGGCGCUAAGGUGGACGCUCAGGAUAAAAGUCUGAGGACUCCUCUGCUGGAAGCGAUCAUGAACAACCAGGUGGAGGUGGCCCGAUUCCUCAUGCAGAGCGGAGCGUGUGUUUACCACGUAGAGGAAGAUGGCUCCACUGGUCUUCAUCACGCUGCUAAACUGGGGAAUCUGGAGAUCGUCACGCUUUUACUCAACACCGGUCAGGUGGACAUAAACGCUCAGGACAGUGGUGGAUGGACUCCAAUAAUCUGGGCUGCUGAACACAGACACACUGACAUAAUCAGAGCUCUACUGAACCGGGGGGCCGACGUCACACUCAAAGACAAGGAGAUGAAUGUGUGUUUGCACUGGGCGUCGUUUGCGGGCAGCGCGGAGAUCGCUGAGCUGGUUCUGAAUGCGGGCUGUCCACUCUCGAGCGUGAACCUGCAUGGAGACACGCCGCUGCACAUCGCUGCCCGAGAAGGAUACAACGACUGCGUCACGUUGUUCCUGUCUCGCGGAGCGGACAUUGACGUGAUGAACAGGGAAGGAGACACGCCCCUCUCCCUGGCGCGCCCUGAUUCGCCGGUUUGGGUGGCGCUCCAGAUAAACAGGAAGUUGCGCAGAGGAAUAGCCAAUCGGAUCGUCCGGACAGAGAGGAUCAUCUGCAGUGAUAUAGCUCAGGGCUAUGAGAACAUUCCCAUCCCCUGUGUGAACGGAGUGGACGAUGAAGGCUGUCCGUCUGAUUAUAAAUACAUCGCCGAGAACUGCGAAACGUCCGCCAUGAACAUCGACCGCAACAUCACCCACCUACAGCACUGUAGCUGCACUGAUGACUGCUCCUCCAGUAACUGCCUGUGUGGACAGCUCAGCAUCCGCUGCUGGUACGACAAGGACCAGCGCCUCCUUCAGGAGUUCAAUAAGAUAGAGCCUCCUCUGAUCUUUGAGUGUAACCUGGCGUGUUCCUGUUAUAAAUCCUGUAAGAACAGGGUGGUGCAGGCUGGAAUAAAGGUGCGUUUACAGCUCUAUCGUACUGAGAAGAUGGGCUGGGGUGUCAGAGCUCUACAGGACAUUCCACAGGGCAGCUUCAUCUGCGAGUAUGUCGGAGAGCUGAUCUCUGAUGCAGAAGCUGAUGUGAGAGAAGAUGAUUCAUAUUUGUUUGAUCUGGAUAACAAGGAUGGUGAGGUGUACUGCAUCGACGCCCGUUACUAUGGUAACAUAAGUCGUUUCAUUAAUCAUCUGUGUGACCCAACAUCAUCCCUUGUGCGAGUGUUCAUGCUGCAUCAGGACCUGCGCUUCCCCCGCAUCGCCUUCUUCAGCUCCAGAGACAUCCUAACAGGACAGGAGCUCGGGUUUGAUUAUGGAGAUCGAUUCUGGGACAUUAAGAGUAAAUACUUCACGUGUCAGUGCGGCUCGGAGAAAUGUAAACAUUCGGCCGAAGCCAUCGCGCUGGAGCAGAGCCGGCUGGCCCGCAUGGAGACGUGUCCGGAGUCGGGGAGUGAACCUGCGCUAAGCAUUGUGGGAAACUCAUAAACUCUGAGCGAGUCUGGAACCUGCUGAACCCGACUGCAGACCUACAGAGUCGACUCGACCAGAGCGGAGCCCUUCUACAGCUCAAUAUGACUAAUUCAAACAGUUAAAGAGACAGUUUGGCCAGAAUUGAACUGACCCAGUUUUCCCAAUUAGUGUAGCCGAUCAGCCGAGUCGUAUUUGGUGUCGGAAGUUUACUUCUUUAGUUUUUGUCUUUAGGCUGACGUAACCUUAAACACCACCAAUUAGCACAGUGCUAACUACAGGCCUAAAGCCUCAAACCAUGUGGAGUUGUUUAGUAAUCUCUGAAAAUGAAUCCUUUAUUUUUCUUGUAUUUUAUUUUGAGGUCCACUUCUAACAUUUGUGUGGUCUUAUGUACCAAAAACACUCAUCAUUAGUUUUUUACCGACCAUUUUCCAGCCUCUCUUUAUCUCUGAGAAUUAAACAGGCUGUUUUUGUCACUGCGCCUUUAAGACUGAUAUAUGUA